GUAAACCCAUUGUAUUCAAGUAUAACAAUUGCAUAUGUAUUUCAUGAAAUAAAACUUUUAAAAUUAAAUAAAUUUGAAAUGUUUUAAUGGUUUCAAUAUUUAAAUGUUAAUUUAUAAAUCAUAUGUUUAAUACAUUUAUAUUUAGUAUCACUCUAUAUAAAUAUUUCAGUCUUAUACAAUCUCUCAUAUAUGCAUAAAAUGCUAAUCGCGUGUUAAUCUCAUGAUUUUAAAUCUAUAUCAUGAAAUUUGUGGAGAGAUAAUAAAUAUUUUACACGCUUUAGUCGGUGUUUAUUUAGAUUGUUGAUAACAUAUUUAGUACAAAAAAUUUCAGGUUAAAGCCCUCUGUAUUAUCGUUUUAAAUGAAGAAAAAUGGGCUUGAAUCAGUUUACACUAAAAAUCGAAAAUAUUUUUUGCUUGUGUGCGAUUAGCUAUUUUCUUUUACCUAUCGUGUCAAUCGAAAGCGAGUCUCGAUAUAAUGAUAAGUUUGAAAUCAUGACGACUAUGAAACCUAAAGAUGAAAUAUCACAAACCAAGGAUAACCUUGGUUUUUUACAUGCACUUAUAGCUUCUUUAUCAGUCAUUAUUGUCUCUGAAUUAGGAGACAAAACAUUUUUUAUUGCUGCUAUUAUGGCUAUGAAACAUCCACGAUUGACAAUUUUUGUAGGAGCGAUUAGUGCUUUAGCUCUUAUGACUAUUCUUUCAGUAAUUUUUGGAUAUGCUGCAACUAUAAUCCCACGUACAUAUACAUAUUAUAUUUCUACUGCUCUGUUUGCUUUAUUUGGUUUAAAAAUGCUACGAGAUGGUUAUAAAAUGUCUGCAACAGAAGCACAAGAGGAAUUAGAGGAAGUACAGUCUGAUUUAAGGAAACGGGAUGAUGAGUAUGAAAAAGAAACAGCAACCACAUUAGUACAGGAUCCAGAAACUGGUGUUAUAAGAAAAGCUACAAAAAUUAGCGCACUGAUGCUUUUAUCUAGGAUAUUUUUUCAAGCAUUUACAUUAACAUUCCUUGCAGAAUGGGGAGAUCGUUCCCAGCUUACAACUAUUAUACUUGCAGCAAGGGAGGAUGUUUAUGGAGUUGUAAUAGGUGGCAUAUUAGGACAUAUGUUUUGUACAGGAUUAGCAGUAUUAGGAGGUAGAAUGAUAGCCCAGAAAAUUUCAGUAAGAACAGUGACCAUAAUUGGCGGAUUAGUGUUCCUACUAUUUGCCUUCACAGCACUUUUUAUCAGCCCCACAGAAGAUAUAUGAAACCACAUAUACAGUAUUUAUAUAGCUGUAUUUAAUGAAUCAUGUACUGCUAUAAAACAAUAUACAUAUUUUUUUUAUUUGAAAGUACCUAUGCAUAAAAAUACAGCUAGUAACUGAAGCCUAAAAGAUUAUAAGUUUUAAUUUUAUAUUUUUUUUUUUCAAAUUUUAAUACAUAUAGUAGAAUGACCUUGUGAAUCUCUAUGAAACGCUGGUAUUGUUAAUACCGUUCAAAUUUCUAACAAAACAGAAUAUAUGUGGAACAAACAAACUUUUAAAAAGGACAUUAUAAAUUUAACUAUAAAUAAUUUAUUAAAACUAUUAGGACAGUAUUUUGAAAUAUAUUAUACUUCUUACACAUGUACGUAGUUAAUCAAAUUUCCAAAUUGUAAUAAAGAAACUUCAGUUGUAUUUUUAUAUUAUAGUCUAUGGAAAGAUAUACUUAUAUUUAUAUUUUAUUUAAUUUGUAAAAUAUUGUCACAAGAAAUUGUAAACCUACAGUUAUGAAAAUAUAUUUUUGUAAUGUAAUUUGUUUGUAACUAUUGUAUGAUAUAUUGGUACUUACAAAUAUAAUUUCCAUAAAAUAUAGAAAA